AGAAAACAAAAAUAAGGCUCGGGCGGCCUUCCGCAAUGGCGGGGGAGGCGGAAGCAUCGGCGGUGGAGAUCGCCAGUUCGGCGGCGGGUUGGGGCGGGCGGGCGUGGGGGUUCUUAGAGAGAGUACGAUCGCGCGCGCCGCUCGUCCAGUGCAUCACUAACUUCGUCUCCAUGGAUCUGAUGGCCAACGCACUCCUGGCUGCCGGCGCUUCGCCAGCCAUGGUCCACUCCCUCCGCGAGAUCGAGGACUUAACACCGCGGGUCGACGCUCUCUGCGUCAACAUCGGCACUCUCUCCGACGGCUGGCUCCCUUCCAUGCAGGCCGCGGCUGCAGCCGCUUCUCGCGCCGGGCGCCCCUGGGUGCUCGAUCCUGUUGCCGUGUCCGCUUCCGACUUCCGGAUGGAGGCGUGCCUCGGCCUGGUGGCCCUUGGGCCGACUGUGAUCCGAGGGAACCCCUCCGAGAUCAUUGCCCUCUGCCGUGCGUGCAGGAAUCGGGAUUCGAAGGGUGUCGACAGCUCCCACGAAUCACUGGACGCUCUAGAAUCUGCCAAGUCACUGGCAUUCAGGAGUGGCUCCAUUGUUGCAGUAUCUGGAGCCACUGACUACAUAACUGAUGGGAAGAAAGUUAUAGCUGCAAAGAAUGGAGUGGCCAUGUUGCAGAAGAUAACAGCAACCGGAUGCACUGUCACAGCUCUGAUUGCAGCUUUUGUUGCAGUUGAGCCAUCAAAUCCUUUGGAAGCCACUGCUUGCGCUCUCUCUGUCUUCGGAUUAGCAGCAGAGCUGGGUUUCGAAAUGGCAAGGGGGCCAGCCUCCCUGCGAGUCCAUAUGAUCGAUUCUCUUCAUGGUCUUGACGCGAACGCAGUUCUUUCCGGAGCUCAAAUCUCUGUUGUAUCGUAAAAGAUAGCAAGCACCGUAUCCUUCAUCUUUGCAUGGGAUUGUUGCAGCCUCUACUCCUAUGUAAGAAGGUUAAUGUAUUCACAAACUUAGUUGAGAUAUUAGUUUUGCGGGUCGAACGACGCAUUGCAUAUCAAAGUAAUAUAUACACUAAGCUUAAUGUAUUCACAAUAAUUUUUAGAUAAGAGAGUUAAUAUGUACAUUUAUUGUUCACAA